AUGGCGUGCGCGGUUCCCCGAGAGACGGCUGUGUCGAGGGGGCGGGGCCAGGACCUGGUUCCCACCGGGUGGCCGUGGCCAGCACUGCGGAUGGCCCUGGGACCUUCCAGAAGCAGGACGGAAGAGAGAGCGCCGAGGACCGUGACAGAACAAGGCGGGACCUGUGAUGUCCAGGGGGGCGGGGCCGGGGGGCGUGACUCCAGCUCGGGCGACCGGUGGUCGGAGUGGGGGAGAGCGGCCGAGCGGGCCUGGGACUCCCCGUCGCUGUGGGAGCUGGUGGAGGAGCACGUUCCGCUCCCGGAGCGACCCGAAGUGAAGAGGAUUCUGGGGGAGGCGGUGGUGGACCUGAACCUGGAGCUGCGAGCGGAGGUGGCGAUGCUACAAGCACUGCUCCAAGAGGCCCGAUCCUCCCGAGCCCCUGGCUCCCACCCCAUCUCUGACCCUUCCUCCCUUCUGGCACCACCGCCUCUCCUGAGGGACCUUGUGCGCCAGGAACUGCGACAGCUGCUCCAGAGUCUCCGCCACAAGGCUAUCAGCGAGGGCAGGGACCAGGCCCAAGCCUGGGCCCAAUAUAGCCCCAAAGUCCUUCGCUUUGCCUUGGAGGAGCCCACGUGUGACCUUCCAGAACAGGAGCAAUUUCAAGGGAGAGCGGUGGAGCCCAGCAGUCAAAGGACCCUCAGUGUCAUCAAGGACCAACUGAACGUGUCCGGCAUUGACCAAGUUGCUGGACACUUGAGAGCUGCUGCUGUAGAGAUAGUAGUGGGCUGCUGUCAGGAGCAUGGUGAGGACACCUUCAACCGGGCCAAGCUGCUCAAUGUGGGCUUCCUAGAAGCACUGAAGGAGGACGCUGCCUAUGACUGCUUCAUCUUCAGUGACGUGGACUUGGUCCCCAUGGAUGACCGCAAUUUAUAUCGUUGUGGUGACCAACCCCGCCACUUUGCCAUCGCCAUGGAUAAGUUCGGCUUCCGGCUGCCCUAUGCUGGCUACUUUGGAGGUGUGUCAGGCCUGAGUAAGACUCAGUUUCUGAGGAUCAAUGGAUUUCCCAACGAGUACUGGGGCUGGGGUGGCGAGGAUGAUGACAUCUUCAACCGGAUCUCCCUGACGGGGAUGAAGAUCUCCCGCCCAGACAUCCGAAUAGGCCGCUACCGCAUGAUCAAGCAUGACCGGGACAAGCAUAAUGAGCCCAACCCUCAGAGGUGA